CCCAUGAUAGAGCCGCUCAAUGGAUACCACAAGUUUUUAAAAGGAAAGAUGGAGUUCAUUAUAACUCCUGAUCUUCCGCUGGUGCUAGCUGACUUCCUCAAGAAGUGCACAUCACGAGACCCAGCAAAAAGGUGCAGUAGCGAAGACCUCCUAGCCCAUCCAUACUUGCAGGGAAUAGCUGUAUCUGCCAACCCGAGUGCAGAAACAAUGAAUAAAAUGUACACAUUUUAG